AUGAUAGAUGCAUUUCCCCCAGUCAUGGCCCCAUCAACUCGUGCUUCAACGAAGAGAUCUCGCCCGGCAACCCCUACAGACAACAAGGACCCAAGCCGUGACAAAGCCCACAAGACGAACGGCGAACAUGCCGAUCCCCCGCAACCCCUCCACACAAUCUACGAUCUCAUCACAACUCGGGCCAACGAGCCUGGACUCUCCCACAACCCUCUGAUCUUCUAUCCGUCCAGCGGCACCGAAUAUGUAGGCUACUCUGCCGCCGAUAUCCACAAGUUGUCGCUUAAGGCGGCCACCUACUACGAUGCUACCAUUCCGCAGCGGCAGUCUUCAGAUGUCGCUCCGACUGUCGUGGCGCUUCUCGGGCCAUCUGAUCUCGACUACUUCGUUGCAAUUCUGGGGCUAAUUAGAUUGGGGCACACCGUUCUUUUUCUAUCGACGCGCAUAUCGGAGGAGGCUCAUGUAUCUUUGCUGGAACGCACGAAGGCGAAGCACCUCUGGGUAAGCGAUGGGUUUCGGUCGAUGGCAAAGCAGCUGGACAAACGUCUGCCGCAUCUUGGAGUCCAUUCGAUUGCUUCUCAAGACGACUAUGGCUCCGUGGACGAAAGCGUACUACCCGCGAGUCAGCUCGAUCCUGCUCAAGAGGCAAAGAACGUUGCCUGGAUCAUCCAUUCGUCUGGAUCUACGAGCCUGCCAAAGCCCAACUUCCAGACUCACCGCGGGGCUCUCGGCAACACUCCAUCCCAGUUCCACUUGACAGGCUUCCUCACACUGCCCAUUUACCACGCACAAGGCAUAGGGUGUGUCUUCCGCUCGAUCAACAAUCGCAAGCCCAUCUACAUGUACAAUGCCAGCUUGCCCUUGACGACCAAGCACAUCCUCCAAACCCUGCAAGAGCACCCAGAGAUCCAGAUCCUGUACAGCGUGCCGUACGUUGCCAAGCUGCUCGCCGACAGCGAGGAAGGCAUUGCCCUGUGCAAGAAGCUGCAAGUUCUCUUCUGCGGCGGCGGAGCGUGUCCCAAGCCCGUCGGCGACAAGCUUGUGAAAAACGGGGUCUUCCUCAUGAGCCAUGUGGGGGCCUCGGAAACCGGGCAGUUGAUGAACUCCUUCCGCCCGCGAGACGAGAUCGAGGAGUGGGAUUGGCUGCGGCCGUCCGCGACCCUACAGAAGUAUCUCCGCUGGGAGGCCGUCGACGACGUGGCGAAUAAUGUGUACGAGAUGGUUGUGUUGGAUGGCUGGCCGAGCUUAAGCGCUAGGAAUCGAGAGGAUGGCGCGUAUGCCACCAAGGACCUCUGGGAGCGACAUCCCGACUAUCCACGGAAAAACGCAUGGCGGUAUUACGCUCGAAGGGACGAUACGAUUGUGCUAAGUAAUGGCGAGAAGGCCAACCCCCUCAUCUUCGAGAACGCCGCUCGGGAUUCGCCCAAAGUCGACGAUGCGAUUGUCUAUGGGAGUGAGAAGCCGCAUUUAGGCAUGUUCGUGUUGCCUUCGGAUGAAGGCAUUUCGAGGGAUGAAAUCGUGGAGGACAUCUGGCCGGAUAUCGAACGAGCGAACUUACUGGCGCCGGCUCAUGCUCAAUUGUCAAAGGCAAUGAUCAGCUGUCUCGCAGGAGAGACGUCGCAGAAGAUCAGACGCACGGACAAGUCGUCCAUCAUUCGAGCGGGCUUCUACAAGGAGUUUGCAUCGCUGAUCGACACUAUGUAUCACGACCCCAUCCGGAACGGAACCGUGGCAUUUAACGAAGCGGAGCUCAAGUCAUUUUUGCUGAGAGAGGUGAAGGAACUCGUCGAGGCCGAUCGCCAGGAUGCAGCUCAGGAAGAUACAGACUUGUUCUCGCUCGGCAUGGACUCACUUCAAGCGUCGCGCGUACGGUCUACCAUCCUCAAGCACGUUGAUAUCGGCAAUGGCGUGCUGGGAGAGAAUUUUGUCUUCGACUUCCCCUCGAUCGACGCAAUGGCCAUUGAACUCUUGCGUCUGCGCAACAACGAGAAGACCGUCGAUGCUGUCCCCGUUGAGCAGCGGAUGGAGCGGAUGGUGGAAAAGUACAGUGCCAACUUUCCUCGCCACGUUCCUGGAUCUGGUGGAACUGGAGAGCAUGUUCUCGUGACAGGAGCGACAGGGUCACUUGGGGCUCACAUCAUCGCUCAGCUCGCCAGUCGCCCGGAAGUUCAGAGCACUAUUUGCCUUGUCCGGGCGAAAUCCGAUGACGAAGCUCUCAGACGCGUGCAAGAUUUUCUGCGCGAACGAGGGAUUGAGGUCGACGGGCUAUCCUUGCAUGGCAUCGCCGCUGACUUUGCUCUCCCUCAUUUCGGGCUGGAAGAACAGAAGUAUGCCCGGUUGCGCGAGCAGGUGACUUGCGUGAUACACUCCGCAUGGAACGUGAACUUCAAUCUGAGCCUAGAAAGCUUCGAGCAGGAUUGUAUCGCCGGGACAAGACAGCUCAUCGACCUCUGCCUCGAGAGCAAGCGAGAACGACCCGCGGCGUUCAUCUUCUGCUCUUCGAUCAGCACCGUCGGCAACGCGCCACAUGCAGAGAUGGAAGAGCAGCUUGCUGCGUCGUUCAGCUUCGCGCAAAAGCUGGGAUAUGCGCAGAGCAAGCUCGUGACGGAGAAGAUCGCAUCUGCAGCAUCGAGUCGCGCUGGAUUGCCCACUCGGAUUCUGCGGAUAGGCCAGAUUGUAGGCGACAAUAAAGCGGGCAUUUGGAAUCGGCAAGAGGCCAUUCCAUUGAUGAUUCAAUCCGCCAGCACGAUAGGCGCGCUCCCGAAACUCGACGAGGAUUGCUCAUGGCUGCCUGUUGAUAUUGUUGCCACAGCGGUGAUCGACUCGUGGUUGAACACCUGUCAAAAGGAAAGCCAGCUGUUCGACUUCUACAACGUGAUCAAUUGCAAUACCUUCCACUGGACCCGCGAUCUCCUUCCCAUGCUCCAGGCCGCGGGGUUGACGUUCGAAGCCGUGUCUGCUAGCGAAUGGCUUGCAAAGCUGCGGAGCAAACCUGAUCUCUCGAGCAAUCCGCCUUACAAACUCAUCGAAUUUUUCACGGCAAAAUAUGGGAACGAGCAUGGGCGACGCAGCUUGACGUUUCGUACCGAUAAAGCGAUAGAGACCAGUUCGGCGCUGAAGAGCUAUUCGACCCCGACACAGAGCGAGGUGGAUAGCUAUGUUAGACACAUAAUGCACGGUCUAUAG